AUGAAGUUCGUCGCUUUGAUCUCCGGCGGCAAGGACUCCUGCUACAACAUCCUCCACUGUAUGGCCAACGGCCACGAGCUCAGGCUGGAAUACGAGAAAACAGAGAACGACGAGACUGAGGACCUGUACGAGCUGCUGAAGCUUGUGAGGGAGCACCACCCGGACGUGGAGGCCGUUAGCGUGGGGGCCAUUCUGUCGUCGUACCAGCGCACCCGCGUGGAGGACGUGUGCAGUCGUCUUGGGCUCACUGCGCUCGCGUAUAUGUGGCAGAGAGACCAGGAACAGCUGAUGGGCGAGAUGUGCGCCUCGGAAAUGGAAGCCAGACUCAUCAAGGUGGCCGCGAUCGGCCUCAAUGACAGACACCUGGGGCAAACUUUGCAGCAGAUGUACCCGGUGCUGAUAGAUCUGAAUAGAAAGUAUGGGGUGCACGUGUGCGGAGAAGGCGGCGAGUUUGAGAGCCUGGUGUUCGACGCGCCGUUCUUCACUAGGGGGAGACUAAGAAUUGUGCACCAGGAGACCGUGCGACACACUAACGACGAGGUGUGGUACUUGAAGCUGAAAGUGGAGGUGGUGGAAAAACAGGGUGGGGGCAGUUGCGACGUGGUGCAACCGCCGCUGUUGCACGAGCCGUUUAAGGAGAUAAGGGAACGGCUCAAACAUAGCUCGGGGGGUGCAGCGGAGAUCGACGUGCAGCACGUUGGGGACUGGCACCAAAAUUCGUCCCACUCAGAGACCCUCUUACGAUUAAGUAAUAUCACCUCCACGCAACCAACAGCCGAGGAACAAAUGACCCACGUUAUGUCCCAACUAAAAGAAUACCUGGACAAUCACAAUUUGCACCCCUCGAACGUGAUCUUCUCCUCGCUGCUCGUGAGCGACAUGUCAAAAUUCGCCCCACUCAACUCCAUAUACCAAACAAUGUUCACACACCCGCUCCCACCAGCCCGUGUGUGCGUGGAAACCACCUUGCCCGAAAACUGCUUUGUCCAGCUUUCCGUGGAGAUCAUACAGGACACCCACUUCAAGAAGGGUCUACACGUCCAAGGCCGGUCCUACUGGGCACCAUCAAACAUCGGACCGUAUUCACAGUCCAUUGCAGACACACGCACCUACAUGGCCCACAUCAGCGGCCAAAUCCCGCUGAUCCCUAAAGACAUGAGCGUGUGCAAGGAUGUUCUGACACAGGUGGUGCUUGCCCUCCAGCACUUCGAGCACGUCAAGGAAGCCAUUGGGAGCAAGACAGUCCUCUUUAUGUGCUGCUUCGUCACUGACGCAAGCCUCGCGGAAGCCGCUGGUCACACUUACCGCCUCUAUAGACAGAAGUCACGUGAUAGCGAUCACGUGCCACAUUUGGUGACUGUUCUUGUGAGCGCGCUGCCGCGCGGUGUUGGCGUGGAGUGGACGGGCGUCAGUGUGAAUGAGGCGGUGGGUGACUACGAGCACGCGAACAUAGCGUUUGACACGAAUGUGGAAUACUCGGCGGACAGACACUACAGGAUAUACAGCGAUGGCAGCGGGCAGCCCGCUGCACUGCCCGGCUCGUACGAGUUGAUUCCAGUGCGAGGUGUGUUUGACGUUUCCGGCGAGCGGCGGCGAUUCGCAGUGGUGGAAAUACCGUGA